GAUGCUUAAAAGAGCUGGCGGGGAGAGAGACUGGGGAGAACCCGGGGGAGACCCACUGAUACACAGAAAGGAAAGAGACUGAUGAGAAGAGAGACAGAGACAAAGAGACAGCAAAGGGAGGCAGAGACAGAGCAGGCACUGAGGGAAAGCCACAACUGGGCAGAGGGAGAAGCCAGAGAAGCUGAAGAAGACACAGACAGGGAGAGACAAAGACCCAGGAGAGAAGGGCACAGGAGGAAGUUUUGGAGGAGAGAGGUCCUUAGGCGCAUUUCUUGAGCCCAGGGACUGUUUUCUUCAUCUUCUCUGAACGUCUCUAGCCCCUCUAAAAACUUCGCCUCAGAUUUUGGCACAAAUCCGAGCCCCUCCGGCUUUAACGAAGAGUUUUCCAUAGUUAGGGUGGGGAGGAUUUGAUGCCUCCAAUGGCCUCAAUCCAUCCCAGCUGCAGCACGGGUACCAUGUCCCAGAUGGGCUUGCAUCCCGGGAGGGGCUUGACUGGGCACUGGCUGCGAAGAACCCAACUCCGCUUGCAGCUUCACACAGUGCCUUUCUCUGGUCUGGAGUGGAGGCGGUCGCUGGUGCUGCUGCUGGCCUCCCUCUUGCCCUUAGCCUGGGCAGCCAGCCCCCUCCCUCGGGAGGAGGAAAUAGUGUUUCCAGAGAAGCUCAAUGGCAGCAUCUUGCCUGGCUCAGGUACCCCUGCCAGGCUGUUGUACCGCUUGCCAGCCUUUGGGGAGGUGCUACUACUAGAAUUAGAACAGGACCCUGGGGUCCAGGUAGAGGGGCUGACAGUGCAGUACCUGGGCCAGGCACCUGAGAUGCUGGGUGGGGCAGAGCCAGGUACCUACCUGACUGGCACCAUCAAUGGAGAUCCGGAGUCGGUGGCAUCUCUGCACUGGGACGGGGGAGCCCUACUAGGGGUGUUGCAGUACCGAGGGGCUGAACUCCACCUCCAGCCUCUGGAGGGAGGCUCCCUUAACUCUGCUGGGGGACCAGGGGCUCACAUCCUACGCCGGAAGAGUCCUGACAGCAGCCAAGGUCCCAUGUGCAACGUCAAGGCUCCUUCUGGGAGCCCCAAUCCCAUUCCCCGGAGAACCAAGCGCUUUGCUUCUCUGAGUAGAUUCGUGGAGACACUGGUGGUGGCCGAUGACAAGAUGGCAGCAUUCCACGGUACAGGGUUAAAGCGCUACCUGCUAACAGUUAUGGCUGCCGCAGCCAAGGCCUUUAAGCACCCAAGUAUCCGAAACCCUGUCAGCUUGGUGGUGACUCGGCUAGUGAUCCUGGGGUCAGGCCAGGAAGGGCCCCAAGUGGGGCCGAGUGCAGCCCAGACCCUACGCAGCUUCUGCGCCUGGCAGCGGGGCCUCAACACCCCUGACGACUCAGAUCCUGACCACUUUGACACAGCCAUUCUGUUCACCCGUCAGGACCUGUGUGGUGUCUCUACUUGUGACACUCUGGGUAUGGCUGAUGUGGGCACAGUGUGUGAUCCGGCUCGGAGCUGUGCUAUUGUGGAGGACGACGGACUCCAGUCGGCCUUCACUGCUGCUCACGAACUGGGCCAUGUCUUCAACAUGCUCCAUGAUAACUCCAAGCCAUGUGUUAAUCUGAACGGGCAGGGGGGCUCCACUCGCCACGUCAUGGCUCCAGUUAUGGCUCACGUGGAUCCUGAAGAGCCUUGGUCCCCGUGCAGUGCCCGCUUCAUCACUGACUUCCUGGACAAUGGCUAUGGACACUGUCUCUUAGACAAACCAGAGGCUCCCCUGCAUCUGCCAGUGACUUUUCCUGGCAAGGACUACGAUGCCGACCGCCAGUGCCAACUGACCUUUGGGCCUGACUCACGCCAUUGUCCACAGCUGCCCCCACCCUGUGCUGCCCUCUGGUGCUCGGGCCACCUCAACGGCCAUGCUAUGUGCCAGACUAAGCAUUCACCCUGGGCUGACGGUACUCCCUGCGGAUCCGCACAGGCCUGCAUGGGCGGCCGCUGUCUUCACGUGGACCAGCUCAAGGACUUCGAUAUCCCACAGGCUGGGGGCUGGGGUCCCUGGGGACCAUGGGGUGACUGCUCUAGGAGCUGUGGGGGUGGUGUCCAGUUCUCCUCCCGGGACUGCACAAGGCCCGUCCCCCGGAAUGGUGGCAAGUACUGCGAGGGUCGCCGUACCCGUUUCCGCUCCUGCAACACUGAGAACUGCCCAAGCGGCUCAGCGUUGACCUUCCGUGAGGAGCAGUGUGCUGCCUACAACCACAGGACGGACCUCUUCAAGAGCUUCCCAGGGCCCAUGGACUGGGUCCCACGCUACACAGGUGUAGCCCCACGAGACCAGUGCAAACUCACCUGCCAGGCCCGGGCACUGGGUUACUACUAUGUACUGGAGCCACGGGUGGCAGACGGAACUCCGUGUUCCCCAGACAGCUCCUCAGUCUGUGUCCAGGGGCGCUGUAUCCAUGCUGGCUGUGACCGGAUUAUUGGCUCCAAAAAGAAGUUUGACAAGUGCAUGGUCUGCGGCGGGAAUGGUUCUAGCUGCAGCAAGCAGUCGGGCUCCUUCAGAAAAUUCAGGUACGGAUACAGUGAUGUGGUCACUAUCCCCGCCGGGGCCACCCAUAUUCUUGUACGGCAGCAAGGGGGUUCUGGCCCCAGGAGCAUCUACCUGGCCCUGAAGCUUCCAGAUGGUUCCUACGCCCUCAAUGGUGAAUACACGCUGAUGCCCUCCCCCACGGAUGUGACACUUCCUGGGGCAGUCAGUCUGCGCUAUAGCGGAGCCACGGCAGCCUCAGAGACACUGUCUGGACAUGGGCCUCUGGCCCAACCCUUGACGCUGCAAGUCCUGGUGGCCGGCAACCCACAGAACGCACGUCUGCGGUACAGCUUCUUCGUUCCGCGACCAGUUCCUUCAACACCACGCCCUCCUCCCCAAGACUGGCUGCAUCGCCGGGCACAGAUUCUGGAGAUCAUUCGGAAGCGUCCCUGGGCCGGCAGGAAAUAACCUCACUCUCCCGGCUGCCCUUUUGGGGUGCCGGGGCCUCGGACUCAUCUGGGAGAAUGAGGGGGCUCUGCAGCUGCCUCAUGCUAAAACACAGCAGAGAAGUGCUGUAGAGGGUGAAACCUGCCCUGCCUCUCUGCCCUAAACUGCAGGCUGGCCCUGCCCUAGCUUCCUGCCCUGGGAGGCAGCGAUGUGUAGGUGAAUGGAAAGGGGCUAGGAGACGCCCCCUAUCUAAACUGCCCCCUCUGCCCUGCAGGUCACAGGAGGGAGAGGGGAAGGCAGGAUGGGUCCUGGAUUCCAGUUGUAUUUAUUUAGUAUUUAUUCGCUUUUAUUUAGCACCAGGGAAGGGGACUAGGGUCUUGGGGAAACUCACCCCUUAUAGCCCCCACCCUAGCUAUGAAAUCAGGGUGGUGGUAACAAAUAUAAGUGGUGUAUGUGUGUCUGUGUGUGUGUGUGUGUGUGUGUGCGUGCACGCGUGUGUUUUUGUAUGAAGUAUAAUCUGUCCUGCUUUCCUCUCCCUGGCUUUUUUUGGCUGGGAAAGGGAGAGCCGAAGGUAGGAUUGGUCUUCAGGGAGUGAGGGAUUAUCAUAUUUUUAAAUGUACAGAUUGAAGUCUGCUAUUUAUAUGCCCCUUUGGGGGUCAGACAAAUGUGGGUUGCACCUUGGCCCCACAUCUUUGAGCAUUUGUUUUCUUGUUUGCCAAUAACAAUAAUACCUCCCUUAGAAAUUUGUUGUAAGGGUUCAAUAAUGUAAAUAAAGAACUAGCAUAAUGCCUCACCCUCCACAGGUACUCAGCAAGUGCUCUUAUUCUCAUCAGCCUUCCGUCCACACUCCUCCGUGGAGGGUCUGCCCUGCACUUAAAGCCGACAAGCGUCCAUGUCACUUAUGUCAUUCUUUAUCCCCAGGCUCAGAUACCGGAGCUGUCCGUACUCUAAGAUUGGGAGACAUUGUCAGAAAAGGCU